AUGGAUACAGCGUAUCAGUUCAACACAACUCAAGUGGAAGAAUCACAACUUACAUCUUACAACUGCUGCUCAAAUACCAGCGCAAUAAAUGAUGAGAACAUUUUGCAGCUGGACGACAGCACACAGCUGGUUGGGGUUCAAGUUGUUCUCAUCCUGGCAUACAGCAUAAUCAUAGUAUUUGGAGUAAUUGGAAACUCUUUAGUGAUAUAUGUUGUCUAUAUGUUUAAAAAUCUACAGACUGUUACCAAUUUCUUUAUUGUGAACUUAGCUGUGGCAGACUUGCUGGUGAACACGCUGUGUUUGCCUUUCACCCUCGUCAAUACUCUGUAUGGCGAGUGGAAGUUUGGUCAGGUGUUGUGCUUCAUGCUGCCGUGUGCUCAAGGCCUGGCCGUGCACGUGUCCACCAUCACUAUGAACGUCAUUGCCCUGGACCGCCACAGGAGCAUCGUCCACCACACGGAGACCAAGAUGUCCAAAGACAUGUGCGCUCUGGUCAUUGCCAUCUCGUGGGCCGUCAGCGCCCUGUUGGCCAGCCCGCUCGCCAUCUUCAGGGAGUACGGGACGUUCGAUCUUUCGCCGGACGAGUCUAUUCAAGUGUGCACAGAGAAGUGGCCAGGAAGCAGCAUGAACGGGAGCAUCUACACCAUAGCAGAACUUCUGAUUCAAUACGGUUUACCUCUGGCCAUCAACUGUGUUGCCUACAUCCGUAUCUGGAAUAAGCUGACUUAUGUUGGUAGAAAUAUUCGUCAUCAGCGCACAAAGAAGACCACGAAGAUGCUGCUGACCAUGGUGGUGGUCUUCGCCGUCAGCUGGUUGCCUUUCCAUGCCUUCCAGUUGGCGGUCGACAUCGACAGCACUGUGUUGUAUAUGAAGGACUUUAAGCUGCUUUUCACUGUUUUCCAUAUCAUGGCAAUGUGCUCAACGUGUGUCAAUCCCAUCCUGUACGGUUGGAUGAACAACAACUACAGGGCGGCCUUUUUCUCGGUGUGCAAGUGUUUCCAUCCCUUCAAUUCAAGGUCGAGACGCUCCGAAGGCAAACAGACAAACAAAAAUGAAGACAGGGUCUAUACAGAUUGCAAAUCCACAAAUCUCUAA